UACAUCGGAGUGUAAGACUAAUUAGCUUCAAGCUGUUUUUACUUUACCGAACUAUUUUCAAUUUUUAACCAUUCUUGUAUCGACAUGGCGUUUCUGGUAUGUACGCUAAUUUCGAUGUAAAAUUCAAUUAAUGGAACAUUAAACUACGUAGUUUCUAGAAUCAUCUUUCUGGAACGUAAAAUGUGCAAUAAAGCUUGCUUUAAAAAGUAAUAUUCGAAAAUGUUCAUUGUAAACUAGACAUAACACUUGCUAAUUCGCGGAUUUUGUGAACCUCUUCUCCUUGGCUGCCAUUUUCCUCUGAGAAGCUGGAUACGUCCUUUAGUAUACGUACUGUUUAGUAAUAGUUAUUUACAAAAUACUAUAGAAUUGGUGAUUAAUUAAUUAUUGUAAAAUCAUCCCGUUCUUUGUUAUCGACUGCUGAGGACGCUCCAUCUAUGUGUUUAAUAUGAUUCGCACAAGUGUCUCCAUAGUCGGAUUGUCGGAUCUAUAAAACGAAUGUUUUUGGUUGCAGCUCUCAGACUCGUAAUUGCUCGUAUCGCUCGUGUCGAAAUCUGUUAGAAUUUCUAGUCUUUUGCAGCGUUUCCUGUUUCUGUCGUUAAUUUUAGUAGUGAAUAAAAAUGUUGAAUUACGCGCUACGUCGACGCGAGGAGGAAUACCAAAAUCUUAAUAAUUUUACGACGAAAGUCCAUCACGAAAUCAUGAAUGUUGUUUCCACUUUAGGAUGGUCGAUGGACAGUAUGAAAACUGAUAACGACAACAGCUUGAUAUGUUCAUACGAUUCGUCUCAUCGAAUUAGUAGAAGAUCGUUAGAUCGACAUUUGGAGUCGUGUCAGUGGAGAAAAGAGGGUUACAAUGAAUACAGCGUACCAUUAUCCGAAUCAUGUUUCUCGUCAAGUUCACCGUCUUCGAUAAAAUUAGAUGCAUCGUUACAGAACAGUAUUUUGCAGGAAGCAAAGAAGAAAGAUUCUACCAUGAUAGUUGGUCGGGGUGAGCGAUUAAUUCCACGAACGUCGGAUAGAAUCUUCGCAGAUUUUACUCGCGACGAGAGGAAAGCUUUAUACGAGUACGUUGUUUCGUGUACCAUCAACACAGAUAUUGGUCACGAUAUCGCGGAUACUCGCAAACCAAAAGACCAGAGCAAAGAUGACAAGAAGUUAUCGCUUUUGGAAUUAUUGGUGCAAGAACGUAACUUGAAAAGACGAAGAGCGAAGCAUAAAGGUGUUCACACGAAUAAAAAAUCUCAUACUGAAAUUCUCAGAGAAGUGAUAAAUCAACAAAUGGAAGAAUAUACGAAUUACAUGACAGAAACGCGAGCAAGUAGUUGCGAUACAAAAAGGGAAAGCGUCGCCGAGGUUCAGAACUCGAAUAAUUUGCCUCUACGAUUCAACGAAGCUACGUCGAAACAUCGCAAUCUUUUACUCGAAAAUGCUCAAAAUAAUCACGGAAAUUCCGCUGUUCGUCACAAUGAAUCGCAUCGGCGUCUCGAAAAAUCAUCUACUUCUUACGAUAAAGGUUUAGAUAAACGAGACAAGUAUUCUGAAAUUAUUGCGGAAUCGUGGAAAUCGCGAAAGUUUCGUAAACACAAAAGAUCUCGUUCAAGAGAACGUGACCAUGACAGAAGGAGUAAACGCGAUUAUUCUCGACAGGAUCGUAGAAAACAUAGCGAAAGAUGUUAUGAAUCGAAAAAAUCAUCAAAUGGCAACGUAUAUCUCAAAUACAAAAAAGAUCAUCGAGAAAAUCGGGAGAAAUUUGAGUUGUAAACGCUAAAAUUAUACGAUUAUUAAUUAAUUUUGAAUAACACCCUAUUAGUAUAAACCAUAAUUUAUAUAUUUUUUUCUCUCUUUUUCUCGUUCCCCUUCGAUAUUGGAAGAAAAGCAAAUGGUAACAAACGAAGUAGGUAUCGGAUACGACAUGUAACCUAUAAAAUAAUUCCGAUCACAUUAUUAUAACUUUCAAGUACCAUUACUAUUUAUUAACAA